CACAUGGGAUAGAAUUUUAGCAUUAAACACAUGGGAUAGAGUUUUAGCACAGAACACAUGGGAUAGAAUUUUAGCACACGACAUAUGGGAUGUUUUUUUAGCACACAACAUCUUGGAUGGAUUUUUAGCACACAACACAUGGGAUAGGUUUUUAGCACACAACACAUGGGAUGUAUUUUAGCAUACAACAUAUUGGAAGGAUUUUAGCACACAGAAGCUAAUGCAUGUUUAAUGUACAUGAAAUACAUGUCUGACAAAGAAAAUGAUAACAUAAUGUUGAAAAAGAAAUGCUUGAUGUGUAUACAAGCAGUUGAAAUCCAAGAUGUCUGCGCCCAAGAGAAAGUGUUGAUGAAACAGACUUUCUCGAAAUAAAUCAUGUCAUAUAAGAAGCAUCAUGAGCAGUUUGUUAGCGGAAAUGAUGGAACCACUCCAUUGCACAUUGCUGUCGUUGGCAUCGCGUGCAUCAUGCCUGUUUACUUGAGAGAUUCAAUUUAUACUCUGCUGUCAAAAUCUCAAAAAGAUAGACUUGAGAAUUCGAUAUGGUUGUCAGUUUUGAUGGACUUCUUCCUUGUCAUCUUACCAGUGGAGUUGAUGUUGACAGGGCUGAGUGACUUUGGUCCUCAUUGCCUUUUUGCCAUGGUUUUAUCACUGUGGAUUUUGAUUAAUAUACAGCUUAGCAAACCUAAGAUAAAGAAAGCAAAGACUAACCUCGCAGUGAGUGAAAUUCCUAUGGGAAACAGAAGACCUUUUAUUACUUACUACAGAGCUUACGCUAAUCUCAUCACGGCUGUGUCAAUUUUGGCAGUGGAUUUUAAAAUAUAUCCAAGAGUAUUUGCUAAAACAGAGACGUUUGGUACAAGUGUGAUGGAUGUUGGAGUUGGAGGUUUUCUCAUUGCAAAUGCUAUUGUUUCCCCUGAGGCAAGAGGAAUGGUGUCAAGUGACAGUAUUUUAUCAUCCAUUUGGAAGUCUAUCAAGUCCAGUUUACCAUUGGUAGUGAUAGGAAUGGUGCGGGUGGUAGCAGUUAAAGCCCUCGGUUACCAGGAAGUUGUCACAGAAUAUGGGGUCCACUGGAACUUUUUCUUCACAUUGGCUGCUGUAAAGAUUGGCUGUACAUUGCUAUUUUGCUCCAUUUCUCCUCGGUUGUGGAGCAUCGUUGGUGUAUUGACAAUUGCUCUCUAUCAGCACAGCCUGACAUAUGAUGGCCUGAAGGAGUACAUAAUCAAAGGUGCAGAUGGAAAAGGAGGGAGGACUGACAUUAUUGAUGCAAAUAGAGAGGGUCUUUUCUCCUGCCUCGGUUUUUUCAGUAUCUACAUUAUGGGCGUCCAGCUGGGAAAAAUCAUAAUGAGAAAAAGGGAGAAGGUGAUAGACUGGAUAAAGUUGUGUAUAACCCUCGUGGUGAUGAGCACAGCCUUUCUGGUGAUGAUGUAUUACUGUGGAAAGCAUGUUGAGAAAGUGUCUCGAAGAUUCGCCAAUCUCGCAUACCUCCUCUGGGUGGUGGCAUUUAACAGCCUUCUGAUGUUGGCUUUCCUGAUGUUUGACAUUGCACUCUUCAUCUUGAAUCAUGUGACCAGACUUUCCCGUAAACAAGAAUCUCCUGAUGGAAAAGAUACUGCUGAAGUUGCCCCCAUUUCCGAAGGCUACAGAACAUGUGACCUCAUCUCAGCCAUCAGCUACAAUGGCCUCUUUUAUUUCAUGUUUGCUAACUUGCUGACUGGUUUAGUGAACAUGUCCAUGAAAACCAUAUACCAGUCUAAUGUUGUGGCAUAUUUAGUUGUGACAUUUUAUAUGCUUAUCCUGUCAGUGGUUUCAACUCUGCUCUAUAAAAGAAAACUCUGUUUAAAAUUUUGGUGAGAUCAGGAUUUUUUGUAGAAAUAAUAUCAUUAAAAUUUUAUGUUUAGCAAUUAGUUCCAACUAAUAAUUAUUUGUACUUGAAAGUGGUAUCCAUUUUCCAAAUGCUCAUAUUUUGCAUAAUAUUUAAUAGUGUAGUAUAUUAUUCGUAUACACGGAAUGUUAUUGAUUUUAUUGUUUUAUGAUGGUGUAAGAGAUGUAGUUUUUUAGCUUGACUAUUUAAAGAAUUAUUUGAGUUAUAAUACUCACCCUAGCCUUGGUUAAGGUUUUGCAUGUAAGAACCUUCAAAUCGUCAUCUCAGCAAAUACAUCAUGUAUUGCAUUGAAACUUCAAUCAAGUACGAUAAAGGACCCUGUUUAUCAUUUGAUUUAGAAAUUUUUGGUUAAGGUUUUGCAUUUAAUCAUCCAUAGGUAAUCAUCUUCAGCAGCUGCUUGGAAAUGAAUGUUUUGAAAAUGCUGUUUAUUGAUGUAUGAAAACAAUUGGUCAGUGCGCAUUUAGUGAAGUCCUAAGUCUUUGCUCUGAUCAAAUGUUUUCAUACAAGAAGAACGGCAAAUUUAAAAUUUCAAUAUGAAUGUUUUCACUACUUUAGUAAUUAUAUGGAACAUAGUUCGGGAAAAUCCAUAUUGAAAUGUAUAAGACUGAAAAAUGCUCCCAAGAUGAAUAAACAAGCAUGUGCAGUAUGAUUUAAGCCAUCAGCAUCAAUCUUAUUUUCCUCAAUAAUGACCUAUCACAAGCAUCGUUUAUAUAUUAUGAAAGGUAUUUGGAAGAUGUCUAAGGAAGAGCAAUAGGGGUAUACAUACAAUGAUAUAAUGACAUGUGUGUUUGUUUGGUGUAUGGCCAGUGGCCAAAUAGGCAUAUACAGUAUACUAAUACAUAAAUGCUCACUUCGACGUACAAUAAUUUUCUAGUAGUUGAAAACUAGCUGGUGCACCUUGUAUAAACAUUUUAGAAAUAAAGUUGAAAAUCA